CGCUGGCGCACCUCCACGCGCACACACACAGUGCAGCCCAAACUUGGUGAGGGAGCAGGUCCUCUUUCAGACUACUUUUUCCACCUUAAAGACGCGUUCAGGGACCUGCACUCUGAGGAAUACAGUGUCUUAUCGUGCUUUCUUUCACACAAUGGAGGAGUGAAGAGUUUCUCUGUCUUCAAAUGGGAAUUAACAUGCGCGCGUGAAACUUCGGCUCACUUUUCUCCUCAGUGACUGUCACACGCGCUUGGUUUGAAACAUGCCGGAGAGGAUAAGCAUUUCGGACUUCGUGGUCCUCACAAACGAGGACUUGUCUUCGCCGGGGACUUCAAGUUUUCAGUCCAAAAUGAGCGACUGUCGGAACACGGUUUCAACAGUGGAGGAGUCUCUGGAGAUAGACCUAACAACCCUACAGAGGCUGAAGAAGACAAUCAAAGCUAUACACUCUUCUGGACUUGCCCAUGUGGACAACAAGGAGCAGUACGUCGAGGUGCUGGAGAACCUGGGGAAUAGCCACCUGACCCAGGACAACAACGAAGUCUCCACAGGGUUCCUCAACUUGGCUGUGUUCACCAGAGAGGUCACGGCCCUCUUCAAAAAUCUGGUGCAAAACCUCAACAACAUCAUGGCGUUUCCUUUGGAGAAUGUGCUGAAAUCAGAGCUCCGGGACGGCAGACAGGAGCUCAAGAAACAGAUGGAGAAGAGUUGGAAGGAGUAUGAUAUAAAAAUAGGGAAGCUAGAGAAGGAGAGGAAGGAGAAGACCAGGCAGCUGGGUCUGAUCAGGACGGGAGGAUCAGACGGAGAGGAGGACAUGGAGCGAGAGAGAAGGACCUUUCAGCUGCAAAUGUGUGAGUAUCUUUUGAAGAUCCAGGAGCUGAAGGUGCGUCAGGGCCCCGAUCUUCUCCAGAGCCUCAUCAAAUAUUUCCAGGCCCAGCUCAGUUUCUUUCAGGACGGGCUGAAAGCUGCAGAGAACCUCGCUCCCUUCAUCGAGAAGCUCGCUGCCUCUGUUCACACGGUACGUCUGGACCAGGACGAGGAGGUGAAACAGCUCACUCAGCUGAGGGAUUCUCUCAGAUUACUUCUGCAAGUUGAGGGGAAAGAGGAGUAUCUGAACAGGAAGAACUCUGGCAACGGGUACAGCAUCCACCAACCACAGGGCAACAAGAAGUAUGGGACAGAGAAAUCUGGCUUCCUGCUCAAGAAGAGUGAUGGGAUCAGGAAGGUUUGGCAGAAGAGGAAGUGUGGUGUGAAAUUUGGCUGCCUGACCAUUUCCCACAGUACGAUCAAUCGACCACCAGCCAAGCUCAACCUACUGACCUGUCAGGUGCGACCGAACCCAGAGGACCGGAGGACCUUCGACCUGGUCACUCAUAAUCGGACGUACCACUUCCAGGCAGAAGACGAGCAGGAAUGUAUGAUCUGGGUGUCAGUGCUGCAGAACAGCAAGGAGGAAGCCUUGAACACAGCGCUGGUAGGAGACCAGCUCCACGUCCAGGACAGCGGGCUCCAGGAACUCUCCAGAGCCAUCAUCGCUGAGCUUCGACACAUGCCUGGCAACGAGGCCUGCGCCGACUGUGGAGCACCAGAUCCAACAUGGCUGUCGACCAAUCUGGGCAUCCUGACCUGUAUCGAGUGCUCUGGCAUUCACAGAGAGCUGGGUGUCCACUACUCAAGGAUCCAGUCGCUCACUCUGGACCUGCUGAGCACCUCUGAGCUUCUGUUGGCUGUCAGUAUUGGCAACACCAGAUUCAAUGACAUCAUGGAGGCAGGCCUUCCAAAUGACUCUGUCAAACCACUGCCACAAAGCGACAUGAAUGCCAGAAAGGAGUACAUUGUGGCAAAGUACGCUGAGCGUCGGUACGUCCUGCGUAAAGAAGAAGCAGACCCCGGUCGGCUGUACGACGCUGUGCGGAGCCGUGACCUCACUUCUCUUCUACAGCUCUACGCUGAGGGAGCGGACCUCUCCAAACCCCUCACGCUGCCUGAUGGACAGGGGAUCAAAGAGACAGCUCUCCAUGUUGCUGUGCGUCAGGAGGAAAAAAGCUCCCUGGCGUUGGUGGAUUUCCUCUGUCAGAACAGCAACUGUCUGGAGAAGAGAACAGCAGAAGGAAACACAGCUCUUCACUACAGCGUCCUGCAUCACAAGCCCGAGUCUCUCAAGUUACUGCUUAAAGCAAAGGCAUCCCUACACACAGUGAACUCUGCAGGAGAGACGGCCCUUGAUACCGCACGGAGGCUGCAGCACAUGCAGUGUGUAGAGCUGUUGGAGCUGGCCCAGAGUGGGAAGUUUAACUCUCAGAUCCAUGUGGAGUUCAUGUGGGAGACACAGUCCCAGGAGUUUUACGACAGCGAGGAUGACCUGGAUGAGAGGGUGAGCCCCUUACCCAAAAAACACUCUCCCCCUCAAAAUGGAGGUGGUGGGAGUGCCUUUGCCCGCUGGAGUACAGCUAAUGGUGCCAAUGGUAACCCUGCAAGCAGGCCUUGUCAGACAUAUGAGAAUCUAGACUUCUUAUACAGAAAUCCUCCAGUCAACAGCGCCCCCUCUGGAGCAUCAAUGCCACCGCCUCUGCCAGCUAAAUCCAUCCAGAGAGGUCGCUCAGACCCCCAGAUUUCGGUCUCGCCACAGGAAGGCACCCCCAUUCCACGCCGCUGCUCCAACCCUGCCUCUCACUCCUCCAGUCCCCAGACACAGGCAAGACAAAGACCUUCUUCACCCAACACAGAAAACCAAGCGGGGAAACCACCCAGGUCUCCACAUGGACAGGGAGCUGUGCUGCGGGGACAUAGGCAGACCUGGGACGGCCAACCUGCUGCAAGUUCUGGGUCUCAAGGCAAUGUCACGCCAACAUCGUCUCAAAGUCACAUAGGGCCUGUCAGUUCAGAGAAGACCACAUCGUAUCGUCGGACCAGCAGUGGAGGAGGCAACCAGGGGAAGUGUGGCGUAUUGUCUCCCUCCUGUGUGGGCAGCCAGGAGGAGCUGUACUGCAGCUUAGUGGGGAACGGACCAGGCCUCACACCAGCACCCGCUCCAGUGGCACCACCCUCACCUGCCGUGACCUGUGUCCCACGACCCCGCAGGAAUGCCAUGGUGUCUGGCAGCAGGCCACAUCAGAAGCGUGUCAAGGCUUUGGUGGACUGCAGGGCAGUCAGCUCUGAGCAGCUCGCUUUUUUCAAAGAUGAGAUCAUUGUGGUCACAGCCACUAAUGACCCCCACUGGUGGGUUGGUCACAUAGAAGGGGACACAUCCAGGAGUGGGACGUUUCCUGUCAACUAUGUACACAAGCUAACAGACUGAAGGAACGUGGAAAUAUGGAAGCAACAGAGGAUCAGAACCAGCGCGGGAUACUUACUGAAGAGUUAACGUCAUCACACAGUGGGUUUUAUCUACAGGAGAGGACAGUGAAAUUCUCCUCGAGUCAGACUGGAGAUUAUUUCCACAUGAGGAUAUAGUAGCCAAAAGACACCUGAGGGUAUAUAUGGCACUGUUUUAGGAAUUUAUACCUUUUAACAUUUACUCAUUCUGGAAACCAGCGAGGGAAUGGACAUCUUUUAGAGCCCCAUAAAACUUCUUAUUCAAGGACAGCGUUUUCCCCCUGUUGGUCUAUCCUUGGUUUUUUAACUGCAGUUGCCUAAAACCAGGAACCACUAUUAAUAGGUACGAAUGCAUUUGUGGCUGGGGUAGAAACUGCUCUCAUCCAGUUAACCAUUAAUGAUGCAUUGUUUUAAAGAUGUCUAUAGUGAUCAAGGAAUUGUAACUAGAGGUGAAACGUACCUGCAGGGCAGAACCCUUUAAUGCACUUUAAACUCAAGAAGAAGAAAUCUUCUAGAGAGUUGGCAGAGCUGUAAAUGUGCACCCAGCCAGCUGCUGUAAAUGGGGAUGUAGCUGCUUUUUGUUCUGAACGGAAACCGUUUAGCCUUUUAAAUCUCAGCGGACUAAGACUUGGAUUGAAGGUUUUGAACCUGCCCAGUGUGUGUUGCAGCCUGCCCCGGGGCUCUGAAAGUGGCUCCGUGCCUGCCAGUCUGUCUCCAACGAAACGGCAGGCUUCUGGGCAGAGAUGUGAAACUUUAGCUCAGCCAUCAUGACCCUGGGCACAGCUCACUGGCUGCAAGGAGAGCGGAGGAUCCAGUUUCUUCUGGCUCCAGGCAUCUGUCUCUGGAGAACCUGGAAUAACGACAGUGCGUUAUAAAAAAAAAAAAAAGAGAGAGAGAGAAAAGACUCUCUGUUCAACGAGGAAAUGGCACUUAAAGAGAGCUUGUUAGUAACAGCACCCCCACUGCAGUCAUUUGUUCAGUGAACACACACUCACUGGUGCCACGUGUGCAUCACACAUGAUAUACACAAGCACACUUGCACUUAUUGUACACACAGACUAGCUUCCAAGAUUUAGGAUCCUUUAGGAAAGUAUGGAACUGUUCCACUUUUAUACUAGUAACACAUUUCACCGCUCUCACACAAACUUGUACAUACUGAAAAUGUCCACUGAUGUACAGUAUAUAUCACAUGUUUCUCAUCUGUUCUGCAUUAUAAAAGGAUUGUAUCAUUACAGGUAGUGUUACUUUGUGUUGGUAAUGUCAUGUGUCCUCUGUUCUGCUUCAUUAGUUUUCUUAACAGCUGUCAGAGAGAAAAAAAACAAAAGGGAAUAGACACAGUUGCAUAAUCAGUGUUCAGAGAGGAUCCUGUCUCAGUGAACUGCAAACAAACACCGACAGUGAUGGGUAAAGGCGGACAGGAAGCAGGUGUUCACUUUAAAUCAAUGCUGAGUUUGAACAAACAAGUCUGUUUGCAAGUCACUGUUUCUGCCGCUGUUGUGUUGUGAAGCAGGGGGUGAAUGCAUUAGAGUACAACUGUAAGUAGGAACUGUCAAAUGUAAACCAUAAUACAUUAACUCAUUAUAUUUGUAACAUAAAACACAUUUAAUAAAGUGCUGUACAGUCUUUAA